AUGUACGAAAACUCUCAAAAUAUUCGCGAAUAUACCCAAAAUGAUAAUAACGAGUCGGAAUCAGAGAUUCAGCUGGAACAAGAAAUCACAUUCAUAGUCGCUGCCUAUCUAGAGCAACACCCGGCCUUACACACUGCAUUUAAAGAAGUACAGAGAGUUCUAGACGAGAACCCCGAAUUGCUACCGCGACGGAUAGAUUUCACAGGACAAGAACACGUACAGAAGUACGAAGAAGUUAAAAGGAAACAUCAAGGAUAUGGGGCAGAUUAUUUACGUCGUGUUAUGCGAGCGCAACUCGUUAAUAAAUCAAAUCAUGUUAAUGGCUCACACAGUAGUAACAGUCUCUUUCAAGGAAUACCUAGUGAAAGAAUUCCUCUAAGUUUACCGAAUCAAAUCCCCACAAAAAAAACCCCUCCUAAAGAUAGUACUCUCGUGGACACAUUCGAGUCGCGGGAACUUGGUGGAUCAUAUUCACGAUCCAAGUUUGGUGAAUCUAUUUUCCAAGAAUUUGAAGAAAGAGCAAGUUUCCGAUGCCACUAUGGUAGUACAUAUGUAAACAUAUUUGAUCGACUGAACAUGCGAUUAUUCACAGGAGGUGAUGACUGCCUUGUUAAAGUUUGGUGCACAAACACUGCGGCCCUAAUAGCAACAUUGGCAGGGCACGAUGAUGCCAUCAGUGAUAUGAGUCUGAAUAAAGAAAGCACUCUGCUGGCCACAUCCAGCAACGAUUGCACUUUAACAGUCUGGGAUCUGAAGACGUAUUUCCCAAUAUAUAGGUUUAAUGCGAAUGAUAUGAUGACAUCUAUCGCGUUCGCGCCAUCUCCAAUACCUCAAUUAAAGUAUCUGCUUGCAACGAGUGAUGACGAGAUGACGUAUAUAUUACCAAUUGAAUCUGAUAAUAAGUUCAGUGAACCCGUGUGUUUCCAAGCACGAAGCACAGUCGGAAUCAAUAAGAUAAAAUGCCAUGCGUUUAAUUCGACUGGCUCAUUAUUUGCGAUUGGUGGCACGGAUGGUCUCGUGAGGGUGUUCUCCUCGAUAGAUGGUCGUAACUUUACUCCGGAUCUUUAUGAUCCCACAAUAUUCAGAUUGGAUGACGAUGUCUUUCAGAGAUACUUUGACAUUUGUGAUGAAUAUGACAGAAUAUCGUCCGAUAACGAAGACGAACUUUCAAAUAAGAAAAAGAAUAUUUCCAAAAAAGGAAAAGACACAGAAAAAGAUGUAGAUAAUGACGUGAUAAUGAAUGGCACAGAGAUCAGAUUAGAUGAAUAUAAGAACGAAACUACAGCUAAUCAAAUGCCAUUAGUAGAUUAUUACGGUGCAGAAAUUAGCACAAGUAACCAUUUUAAGAUGCCUUCAUCAUCAAUAAACCCGAUCGAGAAACCUCAAAUAAGUAAUUUAUCGAAUAAAUUAAAAGGGAAGGAAAAGGAACAUGAUCCGGAGGAGAAGAGUAAGAUCAAGAUAAAAGAAAACGGGACGGUAAAAACCAAGGGGAAAGGAAAACAGCGUGAAGACGACUUUACGGAGAAUAAUCCCGAUGGCGAUGAUCCUAACGCUGAUGCUCCGCUAAGACGACCAACUCAUUUAGCUGAUUUAGAUGGCCACAUCAAGCCUGUGUUAUCCCUAGCAUUCUCACAUCAAGGAAACCGGAUACUCUCUGGAUCGACAGAUGGGACAGCUCGUAUAUGGGAUUAUGACUAUGAUGUGAAAGAGUGGAAGUCGAUACCACUGUCAGUUAACAGGAAUGAUUCUGAUGGAGUCAAAGACGAAGUGACUACAGCUGUAUGGACUCCCGAUGAUCGUAGGGUCAUUGUAGGGUCCAGCUACGGACACAUCUUCAUAUUCGAUUCAAGAGAUGGGUCAAUUAUAUUUACAUUUAAGGAUCACAAAAAAGAUGUCUUUGUUCUUGAGAUCCACCCUAUGUUUAAAAACAUCCUUUUAAGUGCCGGGUACGACGGCUUGAUCUGCUUUUGGGACAUAAGCAGCGGUUCUAAGAUAAGAGAGUUCAAAUAUUCGACAGAUGAUGAUAAUGACGACGAGGAGGACCCUAAUGAUCCUGUUGUGCAAGAAGAACGAAAUAAAAAAUACGUGUUCGUCGACGGGAAGUUUAAUCAGGAUGGAACGAUGUUUAUGGUCGCUGAGGAAAGAGGUUUUGUUAAAUACUUCACUGUUGGUGAUGCGCGUAAACUGGAUAUUGUCGCGGAGAGAUUUCCAAAGGGACAAGGAUUUAUGACAGAUUCAUAUAAUGUUUUUGAAUACGGUUUUCCUACCUUGGAAAUUGAUCCAGUCACAAAAAUUCCCCUUCAUCUAAAAAAUCGGGGUCCUGUUAUUGCACCCGGAUACGGUUUUGCAUAUGAUCAUCAGUUGGCUAACGAUUAUGGCCUAAAUUGGCCAGUCGGUGUUUCCCCAACGAUAUUACGGAAACAAGAGAACCACUUGAGAUAUACUUGGAGAAGGGAGUUGAAACGAUGGGUAUCGUCUGGUUUUAAGAUGUAUAUAUUACCAAAAACACGCCUAUAUCAACGCCGGAGCAAGUACCCAAGUGUUGUGAUUGAAAUAGAACCAGAAGAUGAUCCUCUCGCCAUCGAUGAGCCAAUACACCCGCUUCCGCCAGAAGACGCUGAAAAUUACGAACCGAGCGACUAUACUCCGUCCACUGACGACACUGAAGAUGAAUACGCUGAUAGUGACUUAGACGCUGAUGGGCGCCCACAAAGACACAAUGACUAUUAUGACAUUGAAGAAGAAGAAGAACCAUAUAAUAAGAGGACCAAAACAAGGUCUUCGAGUCGGUACAAUACAAGACACGCGUCCUCAACUCAGGCCGAAUCUUCAGCACAUUCUCGGCGCACCACCACAAAUAGUCGUAAACGAAAAGCGGAAAGUGAUAUUGAUUUCAAUUUUGAUUAUGAGGAAACAGAAGUUACAACAAGAUCGGGAAGACGCUCAACUCGAAGGCGAGUACAAAUCAACUAUCGCGAGAAUGAUUACACAGACUUCGAGUCCGAUGCCUCCGAAGCUUCGUACAAACCAACAACAAAAAAGAAUGUAAGGUCCAAAAAGAAGCCAGCACAUACGCGUAAAACAAAAAAUGGUAAUCGAAUUAUUGGGUCAAAUAGUCGCGCAAGUUCGUCAACCAAAAGGAUUAUCUUCACUCCAGAUGAAUCCGAGAAUUCUGAAGAUGAUUAUGAUCCGAUGAAUUUCGAAGAAGCAGAUGAUUUAGUCGUUGAGGACAUUGUGGUGGACAAGGAUGAACAUCACGAGGAAAACGGCAAUGGCGAGGUUGAAAAUGAUACAUCUGCUGUCGCUGCCGCUGCUGUUGCUGAUAAUAGUAAUGCUCCUUCCUCCUGGAUUAGGAUUGAAGAUUCUACACUUACUCCAUUCCAUCCUCAGAUUGGGGACGUUGUCGUUUAUUUCCGACAAGGGCACGAACAAUACUACAGUCAUAUAUUGACUAAUUUCGGCGAAACACCGUUCGGUCAGCACCUAGGAUCGGAACAAGCAAUGAAAUUGCUCCCUUGGAAUAAGGAUGCUUCUCUUGGCAACGUCUUAUACGCUAAAGUUAAGUCAAUGGAGUGGCAUGUUGGUCCCCCAACUUGGCUUACUAUAAAACUAGAGUUACUACAAGCAUUAAACGCGACUUCUGAAGACCCUGUACCCAUAACACCCCAUUGGAAACGAAAGACAAAAGGUACACAGGUCUUGACUAUUGAAUAUCAUGAACUUGCAGAUUUCCCCGACUUUAUAAUUCCUUAUAGAGUUUACGUAGGUGGACUAACACAGAACCUUGGUGUUGACGAACGGGUGAUUAUUCGAAAUAAAGAUGUUUCUGGAAUUAUUGUUGGAAUAAGUGAAGCUGGGCCUGGAUCAUGGCAGGCGUUUAAAGUUGCACACGAUGGCGAGGAUGAAAUGACCACUGAAGAAUGGUUAAUGAGUGCUUGGGAAUUGCGUUGUCCUAAUAAUGAAAUAGAAUAUGUCAUUGAUUCAGAUCUAACUCGAGAUGUCAUCGACAGGUUAAAACAAGCCAUAACCAGAUACAUAAAUAAUGUAUCAUACUAUGACUUUGUGGAUCACGUCAACACUCAAUUAUAUCCCAUGUAUCUUACAAUUGUUGCAUAUCCAAUGUGCUUGAAUAUGAUAUUGAAACGACUACAAAACGGGUUCUAUCGACAUAUUGAGGCUGUUCGAGAAGAUGUCAAAUUAAUUCUUACGAAUGCAACAACUUUCAAUGAACCACGUUCGCGAAUUGCACGUUUCGCUCGUGCGUUGCAUAAAGAUUUUGAGGGUCAGUUCAAAAGAUAUUGGCCGAAAAAUUUAAUUCUGGCCAUUAAUACCCCCGACUCGACAAUCAUUUAUUACAAAGUUAAUGAUGGUACAUCGAUAUUAUCGCCCCCAAUCGUAAAUCAAGGUGAAGAAGUAGGAGGAGCACAACAGCAGUCGGAGGGAUAA